AAGCUACUUUUUUUCUGACCUAUUUUCAACACAUGUAUUUCCACAGAGCAUCUGCAGGACCCUAAAGGUGACUGGUCAGCAGGUGGAUAUUGAAAUGUUCAACUAUGAUGGUUUAACUCCAUUGCAUGCAGCUGUCUUGUCUCACAACGCUGUGGUUAAAGAGCUGAGGACUCUGGGAAAUCUGUGCUCAUAUAUGGCAAAGGAGCUGGCGCAGAGGGCACACAUGUACGUCGAGUGUAUCAAGACUCUCCUGCUUACGGGAGCCUCCAGUGGGACGAAGGAUCAAAAAAGUGGAAGGACGUGUCUUCACAUGGCUGCCGAGGAGGCAAACGUGGAGCUGUUCAACAUUUUCCUGGACCAGCCGCAGUCAGCUGUAAAUGCUAAGACAUUCAGCGGCAACACGGCCCUGCACAUUGUCAGCUCUUUGCAAAAUCAUAAACGUCAAGUGGAAGCUGUGAAGCUGCUGAUGAGGAAAGGUGCGGACCCCGGGGCCAGGAACUUUGAAAAUGAACUGCCGUGUCAGCUGGUGCCCAGAGGACCCACUGGGGAAAAGGUGCAGCAGUUGCUGAAAGGAAAUAUUGACAUGCUUAAGUGAAGCUCAGAAACACUGUCAGUCAGACAGUCCAAUCUAUUAUAUUAUUUGCCAAAAAAGGCAGAUGCUGGUUGUUUCAGUGAAACAUGCUUAUUGUUCAUUACCAUGUAAUGCUCAAGGAGAAAGUGAGGGUAUGAAUUUAUUUUCUUUUGUUUAUUAACAUUAAGGAUUGGGAAUAUGCUCUGUAAAUCAAUAUUUGUUUUGGAUGAUUUAUGAUUAUUAGAAGUUUUUAUAGUUACAGU